GCGUCUGUCAUGCGAAUAAAGCGAGAAUCGAACGAGUCGAUACGGUCGCGUCGAUCGCGCGCGAGGCGCACGUCGCGUGCUUGGCUUUCGCCUACGUACGCAUUUUUUUUUUGGCCUUCUCUGAUUGGUCUGUCCGUUCAAAAUAUUUUUCGGACGAUAGGGUAAAGAUAGGGCAAAUUGCGAUAUGCCGUUUAUUUGAUCAAAUGAUAACCUCCUCGAACGUGCUCGGCGUAAUGCUAAAAUCUUCGAUCGUCAAAAUACAAAAAUGGAUUUGAAUCUGCACUAAACCUCGUGGAAGUUACUUUCCACCGGAAUCCGAUUAUAGAUCGUACGAAUAUCGAUCGAUUUCUAACGAUGCCUCCGAGCCGUUUGGAUGCCGUUUAUAGAAGUAUUCUUCUGACAAAGUUCUUUACAAAGGGAUGGGGUAAUCCACAGAAUUUGAAAAGGAUAUUCGAGUUUAGGAAAGUCAUAGCUAAUCGAGAGACCUGUUACAAUCUCAUACCUCGUAAUUAUCCAAUAAACAUAACGAAGGACGAGCAAUGGUCGGACUGCCACGUAAUAGAAGGUUCCUUCACUUCGCCUUUCGAUUUAUACCUGUCUGGAAUGAUGCCGGAGAAAACCAAAACUGCGUACUUCCAAGUUAUUUUACCGCGUGGAUGGAACUCUUACAAAGUAAAACCCAUUUGUUUGCAUCUCGCCGGUACAGGAGAUCACUUCUUUUGGCGUCGGAGGAACCUGAUCGCCAAACCGUUGCUCAAAGAAUCUGGAAUCGCUUCUGUACUUCUGGAAAAUCCGUUUUAUGGAUUGAGAAAACCGAAAGAUCAAAUACGUUCGAGUCUACAUAACGUCAGCGACAUAUUCGUUAUGGGUGGCUGCUUGAUAAUGGAAUCCAUCGUUUUGUUGAAUUGGUGCGAGCAACAAGGAUUCGGACCGUUGGGUCUGACAGGCCUAUCCAUGGGCGGACACAUGGCAUCGUUGGCCGCUACGAAUUGGCCAAAACCUAUAGCUCUGGUACCGUGUCUCUCUUGGUCGACGGCCUCGCCCGUUUUCACGGAAGGCGUGAUGAGCGCUUCCAUAAACUGGAAUCUCCUAGAGAGCCAAUAUUUUUCCAACGAAAUUUAUCAAAAUGAUCUUGCAAAAAUGGUAAAAGUCAUCGAUCAAGAGGAAGCGUUCUUGGCUGGGCAGCAUUUCGCGAAACAUUAUCCCGCUAGCAUGAACAGAAUAAAUAGAUUAAAGAACGAAUUUGAAAAGAGUAGUAACGACGACGAGGGUGACGGUGUGACGACUGCGGCUGACAACGGCGGACCGAACGACGAUAAAAUUGAGAACAAAAUCGAUAAAAAUCGUCCAGGGAAUACGUACAGGAAAGGCAAAGACUUGACGCGUCAAGUAGCCGAAGAAAAAUCCGCGGCGAAAUUGUUUUCUCUGAACCUUAUUUCAAAUAAAUUCAAAUCAAACGAUUUAGAGGCACUCAAGGGUAAGAAACGUGCAAUUGCUUACGAGUAUACAAGUACGUAUAUACGAAGAACAUUUCGUCGUGUUUGCUUAUUACCCGUACCGAAGCACCCACUAUUUUCAGACGCCAAAUGGCGUGAGAGGGAAGCCUUGCAAUUUAUGCGCGGUAUAAUGGACGAGUGCACGCACUUAAAAAAUUUUGAAGUUCCCGUCGAUACGGAGCUCAUUAUAGCUGUCUGUGCGCGCGACGACGCUUACGUACCGCGAGAUAGUUGUAUGAGUUUAGAAAAAAUUUGGCCCGGAGCUGAGAUACGCUACAUCGACGCCGGUCAUGUGAGCGCAUACCUCCUUCACCAAAAAGUCUUUAGAUCGACGAUCGCCGAGGCAUUUCAGCGAUCAUUGAAGAAAUAUCCUCUGGACGUUAGUUGACGAUGCGUGAUACUUUUACGAUAGAGGAAAUAGUUGAAAACGUAUGUUCGAAACAAAGGGAACGACCGUCGUUAAAAAAGUCAUCGUUGAAAAAUCAUGCUGUUUACGAAGAUGCGAGGAAGGAACGUACGAUAUUACACGAAACGCGUUGCGACGUAACAUUUCGAACGUAAACAUUUUUAAUGUAAACCGAAUUGUGGGUUAGACAAAUCGUUAGUUUUAUUAUAUAUGGAGUGGUUGGAAUCGCUUCCGACGAGGCGAUGCCGCGUUAUGGAAUUGUAUUUUUUGUCAAGUUCUUUCAACGGGCAGGACUUUACAUCUCUGCCGUAUUUAUAUAAGAAUAUACAUAUUUAUACUGGGAUAAAA